GAUGGGAUGGAAGUCCCAGCCACCUGUACUGUUCUGUGAGUGCAGAUAGAUAGAUAUACAGUGCAUUUUGCUUUUUCUUGAUUAUUGUUACUAUUAUUAGAAACAAUCCAAUUCUUUAAAGAUGAUAUAAUUUAUAAGACCCCUUUCUUGUGAGUAAAUCUUGACACAUUGUUUAAAAAAAAACACUUGAACCUUACGGAAUUCAAGUGUGCUUUAAAAUAUCUAUCAAGAUUUAGACUCAAGGAAAGGGGUUAUUUCGUCUUCAUUUUUACAGUCGCUUACAAAUCUGCUUUAUAAAAUGAUGAAGGUAUAUGAAUGACUGUGAAUAUACAUAGGAUAAUAUUAUAUUUGAUACAUAUGUUAAACUCUUCAAUCAAUAUUAUUAUUAUUAUCAUUUAGAAGAUGAAACCUAUUCGUCAGGAACAAGGCCUCAAAAUGGGACACUGACUUGAAAUUCGAGCUUCCAAAGAAUAUGGCGUUCAUUGGAAAGAAAUAACAUUAAUAAAACAACUUACAAAAGCAGAAACAAAGCAUUAAAUCCUUCAGACGUCGAAGGAAAGUAAUUACGUGUGAUUCCCGAGGGGUCAGGGAUUAAACAUUUGCGGGAGUGUUUAGAUAAUGUAUUUUCUGCCCCUAACAUUGCCUUGUGUUGUUCUGGCCGACAGUGCACUGUUGUUUGUGUGUGUGUGCUGUGUUUGUGUGUUUAUUUGUCUUUACUUUAUCUUUAUUAAUUGCUGGUCUUUUCCAAAGAAUAUGGUGUUCAUUAUAAAAAUUAAGAGGGGGAAAGGGAAAUACAGAAAGAAGAGAUCCCAUUUACUAUAAAAGAAAUAAAAGUUAAAUUAAUGCAAAGAAUAUGGUGUUCAUUAGGAAAAAUUAAGAGAAGGUAAAGGAAAAUACAGAAAGAAGAGAUCCCAUUUAUUAUAAAAGAAAAAAAAAUAAGUUAACAAAUUGAAAAAGAGCGAAAAAUGUAUUAAAAUGCAAGGAGAAUAUCAUUAAGGUAGGAAUGCACUGUAUCUUCGCUUGAACCUCUAAAGUUGCAAUUGCAAGACAUCCUCUGGGAGGCUGUUCUUCACCGUCCUUAUUCUUCUUCCUGUAUUCAUCAUCAAACACCACUAUUCUCAUUCUUCCCUGUCUCUUCCUACCAUUCUCAUUCUUCUCCCUGCACCCAGCUAAUGGAAUUCACGACGUACAGCAUCCAACCGCAACCUCAUCAGCCAAGGACCGUCUACUCCUCAGCUACGGCACAACUUUAAACGGGCAAAUUCGACUCACAUUCGACUGCCAUCUGAUUGCUAGAGAUAUCGAGGUCGACCGUCUGUUAUCGUCCCUUGAUCUGACAGGAAAAGAGGUGCCGUUCCCUUCGUGUAGAACGCCUGUCUGUUUUGACAGCAAAGAUCUAUAGUUUUUCGUUCGUUUGGAGGAAGAGAGGGGCCAUUCUCUUCAUAUGUCUAUUUUGACGACAAAGAUCUCGUUUUUCGUUAGGUUAGAAUUCCGAAAAAAGGCAGAGAUUUGAUAUACCUACAGAUUGAUCUAGUUACUCGUUUAUUUUCACGUUUUAAUUGACAUAUGUAUGCACGUACGUAUGUUACACUGAACUACUGACAUUCACUGAAAUCUCCGCACGAUUUUUCACUGACUGGCCUUCGCCAAGCGAACUUAAUCCCGACGUAUUCAAGAAUACCUGAAUUUUGCAAGAGUGACCUUACGACGUCCACGUCUGCACAGCUCGCAAUGAGAGAUGCAGGAAGGAAUAAAGAAAGAGAGAAAGAAAGGACCUGAGGUCUCAUGCGACCGCCUGCCUCAGAACAGUGAUGAUUUGAGCGUCACUCUGGAAGGGUCAUUCUGGAAAGAGCAAUCCUGGAAAGUCACUCUGGAAGGGCCAUUCUGGAAAGAGUGAUUCUGGAAAGUCACUCUGGAAGGGCCAUUCUGGAAAGAGCAAUUCUGGAAAGUCACUCUGGAGGGGCCAUUCUGGAAAGAGUAAUUCUGAAAAGUCACUCUGGAAGGGUCAUUCUGGAAAGAGUGAUUCUGGAAAGUCACUCUGGAAGGGCCAUUCUGGAAAGUCCCUCUGAGAGGGCCAGUCUGGAAAGAGUAAUUCUGGAAAGCCACUCUCGAAGGGCCAUUCUGGAAAGAGUAAUUCUGGACAGUUUCUCUGGAAGGGGUCACGCUGGAAAGAUGUUUGGAAUCCAGCUGUUCGUGACACUUCUUCGCUCCGGUCUGGUCGUUUCGUUUUCAAGUAUGUUUCGAACACUUUGGAGAGAGAGAGAGAGAGAGAGAGAGAGAGAGAGAGAGAGAGAGAGCCACAAGUUGAAUGGCACUGGAUGGCACUCUCAGUUGCUUGUUGGUUGGUUCUAAUUUCAGGUUGCAUGAUAUCACUCUGAUAAUUCAUUUCGUUUCUUGAUCUUCUUCGAUGCGACGUCUGUGGGAAUUUCUGCGAAUUUCAAUUUAACGAAGCUUUCUUGAAAUUAGCCGUUUCAUUCAUGAAAUUUUUACAAAAUCGAAUAUUAAUUAAAAAAUAACUCAUCAAUAUCGAAUUCACUUUACCUGAGGAACAACUUGAACCUUAAGGUUAUGAUUCUUCCAAUGUUAACUUAAUCCGAUAAAAAUGGGGAUAUGUGUAAGUGUGUGUGUGUGUGUGUACGAACCCGAAACAUUUCACCCCCAGUCUCCCAACUCCCGCAGACGACCAGUCCAAAGUCUACGGAAUGCAGCUGAGCAUCUACCAGCCAAGGACCAUCAAUUCCUACGUCAGGUACUACUUCAAGAACGAGGACAACUCGACGGAAGGUCGAGUGAGGGAACUGACGGAGUCGACCAUCUGCUACCGCUUCUGGAUCCUGCAGCACAGGGACAUUCUCCCUUUUUUCUCCUACGCCUAUUCCGAUAGCAAGGACAACGCAUUCCUCUUCUUCCAGUCAGUCCAAGUACUGGACUUCUAUUAUAACGACGAGAAGGAGUAUUCUGGACUGGUCCUGGACGACACUCUGGAAGUCUGGCACCACCACUGCGCUGUCUUCACUUACCCAACUUUCAAAAUAUACGUGGACGGGGAAUUUGGCACCGAGGGCCAUCUGGGUGCCAAGUCAGCUGUUAUCCCCCUAAACGGCUCCCUCUACCUGGGACACGAUCAAGACGCGUACGAUGGAGGGAGAGACCCUCAGCAAACCCUCACUGGAUACAUCUCUCAGGUCAACAUCUGGGACCACCCACUAGACGCAGAGACCAUCGCCCAAAUAGCGAAUUGCACCUCGAACCAGAGGGGCAACGUCCUCUCCUCAGACACGACGGAGAUGGAGACGUCUCAGGUCGACAUCAGCAUCGUCAACAUCAGCCAUUUCUGCAAGUCAAGCGACAAGGCCGUCAUCAUCCCGAAACAAACGUUCCCCGAAGACGCCGACAGGUUCUGCAAAUUAGCCGACGCGCAGAUGUUCGUGCCCAAGGGCCCCGAAGAAAACGACAUCCUCGCGAGGGCAAGCCAGCCGUUCUCCGCCCAGUGCGAAGGGAACAGCUACCGCCUCCUGUUUCUGGGGGCUACUGACGCGGGCCACGAGGGCGUCUGGACCUCUAUAUCCGACGGCCAGCCCCUGCCCUACACCAACUGGUUUCCCGGGGAGCCCAACGGAGCCAAUAAGGACAACUGCGCGGUGCUCCGGCGAUCUGACCCCUUUUGGGCGGACACCCUCUGCAGCAUGGAAUUGUGUUUCUCGUGCAUCAGGACUCAUAAGGAUUACCUGCAGCUUCGGGGACUCUGUCAGUCAGUUGAGCAUCACACGCGAUUCCUACUGGACGGCUACAUGAAUUCGAGACCUUAUUUCAGAGGGUAUUAUGAUAUGAUUAUCUACCACAACGGCAAAAAGGAGUGGGUGCUCAUGAACACCCACACCAACACCACGCUAGCCUCACUCUACUUCCUCAAGGAUUCCGAGUACCCGAUCGGCCGCCACGCUUGGACAAUCCAUUCUCCCACCUGCGACUACGUGUCCGGCAACACAGUUGUGCUGGGGUUUUCCAAAUGCACCACUCACGAAUACAUGUGUUCCGACGGUUCGUGCGUGGACAGGUCGGUGAGGUGCAACCUACGUGACGACUGUCUGGACAGAAGCGACGAGGAGAACUGCUCCAUCGUCUCCUUCAGCGACAGGUACCACAACUACAGGCCCCCACCGGGGGAGGCCUUCGGCGUCCAGCUCAAGAUCGCGCCGGUGGUCGACCUCAUCAGGUUUUCCAAAAUCGACGACAUCAACCUGGCUUUCCACAUGGAAAUCGAGGUGGCUCUCGCCUGGAUCGACAGGAACCUGCAGUUCAAGAACAUCAAGUCCGAGGAGGGUAAGAAUAAGUUGAGUGCGGAGGAAGUGAAGGCCAUCUGGACGCCUGAGAUCGAGUUUCUCAAUGUCAAUGACGGACAGUUCCAGCUACUGAAGAGUGGGGUCUACGUGAGACAAGCCGGUGCCCCUGAUCCUCCUGUCUUUACGGAUGUCCAGAUGGACACCAUCUAUCAACCCGAGAGCAGUCGCUUAGUGCAGAGGCAACAAUACUACGCAAGUUUCAACUGCUUCUUCUUCCUGCUAUAUUACCCGUUCGACAUCCAGACCUGUCAGAUCAUAAUCAAGUUGGCCUCCGCUGAUAUGAAUGUUAUACAUCUUGAGAACGCCAGCGUUGUUUACAACGGGUUAAAGGAGCUUCCGAAAUACGAAGUCCAGGGCAUCGAAAUAGAAGUGAAACCUAGAGCUGGCUACGGCAUAAUGGAGGUCACGUUUGCCUUGGAGAGGAGAUACAGUCUGCUCGUGCUCACCGUAUUUCUGCCGACGUUCCUGCUCGUGGGAAUUGGAUACACGACGUUCUUCAUCAAAUGCAAAGACUUUGACACGCGCGCGAUGACGACCCUAACCACGAUGCUCGUGCUGUACACGAUGUUCGACCAGGUGUCCAACGACCUGCCCGACACGGCCUACAUCAAGAUGGUGGACCUGUGGUUCUUCUUCUGUACCUUCGUCAUCUUCAGCAUCUUCCUGGUGCACGUGGCAGUCGAAAGGUUACCCGACGGAGAGGAGGAGGGGGAGGGGGAGGAAGGGGGUGAGGACGCCUUCCCCAUCAAGAGAGGAGAUCGAGUCUCUCCGGUCGCUGCCUUCGUGAAGGUUGGGGGAAACGUCAAAAUGGACAAGCAACGGUCUAAAUGGAAUGGCGUCAGGGUCUUUUCUAUCUGCAGGAAGUUCGUCUAUCCGACCAUCAUUCUUCUAUUCGGUAUCCCAUUCUGGGUGAUCAUCUUGACUGCUGGGAAACUGUAAUUUGCCGUCUGCCUUGGAGCGAGAGAGCGUGCUGGCAUAAGGCGAGCUUAUAAUCUUCACGCGUGUGUAUUUACACAAUGCAAGCAUAUUGCUUUUCCAAUAUUCUUGGUUUUGAUGAUAUCUCCACUUAUUUAAAGGCAUUAAAAGCGAAGAGCGUCUUUACUUACAUAAAUGCAGUGAAGCCUUGGUAUGAAUUAGGAGCCCACAGAGUAACUGACGUGGGUUGUACAAUGCAUGAAUAAUUCAUUUCAUAUUGGCCAAGAUACGUAAGCAUGAAAUUGCACUUAGAUACAUAUUCUGUGAGGUCAGUUAAUGUAUCCAACGCCUAAUUGAUAAGACACCUAUUCAAGGUAUAUGAAAUGGUUUUCUAGAUACCAUAAAAUCGUUAGUCUACAGCAUUUUAAACCGAGAGAAAUGAAAAAGACUAGACCUAUAUAUACCUAUAUUAUUUAUUUUUAAUUCGUGUAACU